UUUUGCACUCGACUUUUUCGAUGGCCUUCGAUGGUCUUGACGAAAAGAAUUCUCUCGCGCGCGCUUUCCUUUGGGCGACAGUCGCGGGAGGAAGAGAGCGCGUCGGAGCGCCGGCGCCGGCUAUUGAUUCUCUUCGGGUACCGUGAUUUCAAAAGUUACUAUCACCAACGUACAAGGUGCCACCAGUGGCGAACUGCUCCUCGACCGCGGACAAGGUCCUCCCGCGUUUCCUCCUUUGGUCCCGGCAGGAUGGAGCGUCUAGGGCUUUUCGUUUGAUCAAAAGGGUCAUCGGAUCUGAGAAGGAUUAAAGAGAAAAGGGAAAAGAUAUGGCGAACACGGCUCAUCUCGUCCGCCGGCAAAGUUCUCGCGACCUCAAGCCACAGAAGAGCAUCGAUAAGCUCGAGAUGAAAGAAAUGCGUGGUAGAUUAGUGGUGGAUAAUCGAAAGAACAUCACCACUGCCAAUUACGGGGCCACCAAUGCGGCCUUUGAGGACAGCAGUCCUAACAAAAGUAAAGCGGGAAACAAUGGUGGCACCGGCAACAAUGACGGCAAAGCAACUUUCCGGCCAGAAGCGGGCGAGGAUGAGCGUGAAAAUUGGGACAGUAAACUUACUUUUCUUCUAGCGACCGUAGGGUAUGCAGUAGGUCUUGGAAAUGUUUGGCGGUUCCCGUAUUUGGCUCAGAAGAAUGGCGGGGGUGCGUAUGCUUCAUUUGAAUCACAUAACAGUGUUAUCGUGUUGCUUUCAACGCAAUUUUUACCUGUAGGCGCUUUUCUAAUCCCUUACUUUGUAAUGCUGGCUAUCGAGGGUAUUCCUAUAUUUUAUCUGGAAUUGGCAAUCGGUCAGAGACUGAGAAAAGGCGCCAUUGGUGUAUGGAAUCAGGUAUCUCCAUACAUGGGCGGUAUUGGAGUCAGCAGCGCCGUAGUUUCCUUCAACGUGGCUCUCUAUUACAAUACUAUUAUCGCCUGGUGCCUAUUCUAUUUUGUUCAGAGUUUCCAGUCACAACUACCCUGGGGGGAGUGUCCCAAUAGGUACUUUCAAAAUGGAUCUUACGCGCCUGAACCCGAGUGUUUGGUCAGUAGCCCGACGCAAUAUUUCUGGUAUCGAACCACUCUGAUGAUAUCCAAAGACAUCAACACGCCGGAACUGUUCAAUUGGAAGAUAGCUUUAGCACUGAUCAUCGCCUGGAUCCUUGUCUACAUGUGCAUGAUUAAAGGAAUCGCCUCCUCAGGAAAAGUCGUAUAUGUAACUGCUACAUUUCCGUAUAUCGUCUUAAUUAUCUUCUUCUUCCGAGGCGUCACUUUACCGGGUAUGUCGAACGGUCUGCGACAUCUUUUCACGCCGAAGUGGUGGACGUUAACCGAUCCUGUAGUCUGGUUGGAGGCUGGGACGCAGAUCUUCUUCUCCCUGGGCCUAGCUUUCGGCGGUCUGAUAGCGUUUUCCUCGUACAAUCCGGUGAAUAACAACUGUUAUCGCGAUGCCAUCAUGGUCAGCUUGACGAAUUGUUUCACAUCCAUGUUCGCCGGGAUCGUCGUCUUCUCAAUCAUAGGAUUCAAGGCUACUAUGGUUUACGAGCAAUGCUUAUCGGAAAGAAAUAGCACGUUAGUGAACAUUUUCGGCCAAUCCGACAAAAUACCCGACGAUAUUCCGAUUGCCGGCGCUCUGUUAAACAUCACAAGCGGCAACGGGUCGUUGGACAAGUUGAUAAUGCCAGAACUGCCUGAAUGUGAUCUGGAGAAAGAGCUAGAUAAUUCGGCGUCGGGCACCGGUUUAGCGUUCAUCAUUUUCACCGAGGCGAUCAACCAAUUCCCCGGCGCACAGUUCUGGUCGGUGCUGUUCUUCCUGAUGUUGUUCACGCUGGGGAUUGAUUCUCAGUUUGGUACUCUGGAAGGUGUCGUCACUAGCAUCGUCGACAUGAAGCUCUUUCCGAAUCUGAGAAAGGAAAUUCUUACAGGUGCGAUUUGUCUGGUGUGUUGCAUGAUCUCUAUGGCCUUUGCUCACGGAGCUGGUAGUUAUGUCUUCGUCCUAUUCGACAGCUUUAGCGGAAAUUUCCCGUUACUUAUAAUCGCGUUCUUUGAGUGCAUAGGAGUAUCCUAUGUCUAUGGUUUAAAGAGAUUCGCCGACGACAUCGAAUUGAUGACUGGUAACCGGCCUGGCCUCUAUUGGCUUAUAUGUUGGAAGUACCUGAGUCCACUGGCGAUGUUAAGUAUCCUGAUCGCGUCUUUCGUGGAGAUAUUUUUCGAAGGUAGCGGAUAUCCGGCCUGGGUGGCGAAUAAAGGCAUCACCGAAAGACACGAAUGGCCUGUCUGGGCGCUAUUUCUCAUCGCUAUUCUCAUUCUCGCCUCAGUUCUAUGGAUACCAGUAGUCGCUAUUUGCAGAUAUUUCGGAAUCCUCAUCAUCGAUGACAAUGAAAAGGCCUGGUUCCCCGCAGCGGACCUGAAAGAAUUCCACGGAAUCGUACCGCACGAGGUAACGGCGGCCGAGACUCUAUUGUUUUGCAUUAGAAACGACGGUUCCGAAGGUCUCUGUUGUCCCACGGGCGGCCCUAGCGAUGACGAGGAUGAGGAUCUCACCUAGGAUCGAUCUCUGUCGCGACGCGCGUUCCGGUGGAUUUCGACUCGGGAUACGCUCUAUUUCAUCCUGUGACGUGUCCAUCUUCGGCUGUUGCUCGGUCAAGAGUGGCUUGCCGUGCAUCUCGACGAACCUGUUCGAUCGAAUCGUAGUCAGCGCAUUCGCGUGGUAGGAUCUUGUCUAUUGUGUCAAUUAAGAGCUUCGGCAGUAGAAAUCUACUAUCGUUUCCUCAUGACGUAAGGACGGAGGUACAUUCAUAUUAGGCGAUUAAUUUCGCUCGUUUCAGUCGACUUCAAUAGUUACAAUAAUAGUCGAAGAUCCAACUUUCUCCUCGAAGUUUGAAAAUCCUCCAAUUAAAGGAACGAAGUAUCCGAUAUGAUGAUAUACCAGUAAGGUUGUAUAUGUCGAUUGAGAACGCACACUCGAGUGUAUCUCCGCCUGAAAGGUAUAAUCUUUUGAUUGAAUUCUCUGAGUUGACAUUAACUACAUGCGAAAUAGCUUCUGAAGCUUUGGAUAAUGAGAAAUUUUAGAUAACUAUAUGACACGCAUACACACACACACAUACAGAUACAUACAUGAUUUUCGAACGAACGACACAAUCGUACGUCGCGUGGCAGGAGGAGGUGACAGUUGGAGGUGACAUUUCGCGGGAUGAUUGCCAGUUAUAUAAGUUAAUGAUGAAACAUUUACUCUUUAGCGAUUAACGUCAAAUUUAACAUAAGAUUAGCGGUAGGAGCCGUCCAGGACUUGGGUGGGUGUACUCGAAACCGUUGUUUUAGAUAGUUAGCCUUGGAUAGUCAGCACAAGCGGUUGACUCUUUAGAUCUAUGGAUACAUUUGUAAAUCCGAGCUUUGGAUGAUUAUCUAUUGAUGGUUCUCUACAGAUCCAAUGAAUGUAACUAACUUAAGGGUCCAAGAACUCGCGUGAGCACGCGAGUUCUUGGUGUGAGCUAAACGUUCAAACAUCCGAGUCGGGUUGCGAGUGAAAGAUCUAAGGAUCCGGGGUAACUACAUAUCCACUGAUUGAUUACGUGGAUCGAUAAUGUGACAAUAACGAAUUUAGUAUAAAGAAGGUAAAAUUAAUGACAAUAAUAAUUGGACUAUAAAUCAUGCUUGACAAUAAUACUAAUUAAAGAAAUUGCGCAGCAUGUGAUACGCGCAUUCGAAGGAGCUCGGAGAACCGGCAGGCUCGAUUGAUUCGUCUUGUAAAAUCGGUCUCUCUGGGCGAAGUGGAAUUAUCAUCCGGGCCUCGUAGGUUAAUUAAUUGAUUAGUGGGUCAAUUAUUGUUCUGAUUUCCAUCCUGUUGCGCGUGUUCAAAUUCGACUUGACGACGAAGAUACACAUUUUUUUCAAGGAGCUAGGCGAUAUAUAAUUAAAGCGAAUGCGUAAUUGCAAUGCGUUUUAGAGUCGAGAUUCAGGUCGAAACUGAACACAAACUGUUAUUUCUGAAAAUUUUAUGGAAUCUUUUUGUUCACAAUUCCUCGCGACAAUGUUCGCGACAGCCUGAUAUAUCUUCCGGUGAUACUUUAAAACUUAACUCUUUGCACUCUGAAUAACUAUAUCCAUGUUGAAAGAUUAAUACACUAAAACACGUUGUAUUAUUUUAUAUAGAAAAACUAUCAUCUCUAGUAUUGCAUUUUCUGCAGCAAUAUAUAGCAAAUAAAUACGAACCUUUCAUUCAGAUGAUUAAUGAGAUUUUAUAGCUUCACGUUA